AUCCGCAUGGAAAUCGGAAAAUAUGGUUAAAGCACUUCGGAAAAGUAGCCUGCAACUCUCCGCCACACACUGCUCACAGACACUGCUCACUCCAACGGGAAUAAUUAAACUAGUAGAAGAUGAGAGUGAACGAGCGCUACUUUGCGGAUGAGCGCAGCCGGUAAACGGUCCGGUUGAUUGAAUCUCCGAGCAUCACAAUCGCAGCUGCAUCUACAUGUGGCAGAGGGAAAACAAGCAUUGAAAGGUUAAGGGAGUGCAGGAACAAAAUACCUCACCAGGAACAUGGGCCAAUCUGGGACUUCAUCUUAUUUUUCUCUCGCUCUCAAACUGAGCUUCUUUCUCUCAAUUUUCUCCCACGAGCUCACGCCAGCCGCUGCAGGCAGCUCCAAAUCGAGCUUGGAUACAGAUGCAUCUCCUAAUGAAACUUCUCAGUUUGAGACGUGUGGUGGUAGUUUUGAGUGCAAAGAGGGAGUGAUUUUGCCAUUGUGGACACCAGAGAACCCAUCCUUUGGAGACAAGUUGGCCAGAGCCACUGUGUAUUUUGUCAGUAUGCUCUACAUGUUCCUGGGGGUUUCCAUCAUCGCAGACCGCUUCAUGGCUUCCAUUGAGGUCAUCACAUCCCAGGAGAAAGAAAUCACCAUCAAGAAGCCCAACGGUGAAACCACAACCACUACUGUUCAUAUAUGGAACGAAACAGUCUCUAAUCUUACCCUCAUGGCUCUGGGUUCGUCGGCCCCAGAAAUUUUGCUUUCCGUGGUUGAAGUGUGUGGGCACAACUUUGACGCUGGUGAGCUGGGCCCAAACACCAUCGUUGGAAGUGCAGCUUUUAACAUGUUUGUCAUCAUUGGACUCUGUGUCUCUGUAGUACCAGAAGGAGAGCAUCGGAAGGUCAAGCACCUGAGGGUGUUCUUCGUCACGGCCACUUGGAGUGUCUUUGCGUAUACUUGGCUAUAUCUGAUCCUGGCGGUGAUUUCUCCAGGUAUCGUGGAGGUCUGGGAAGGACUACUCACUCUCUUCUUCUUUCCGAUUUGUGUCCUGUUCGCUUGGGUUGCUGACCGCAGACUUCUCUUCUACAAGUAUGUAUACAAACGGUACAGAGUAGGAAAACAAAGAGGAAUGAUCAUUGAGACAGAAGGUGAGCCAGAGCUGCAGUCGAAAGCCGAAAUCAAAAUGGACGGCGGGAUGCUUAACUCUCAUGGUGAGGAAUUCUUAUACGGCACGGUGGAUAUUGAAGAAGAAGACAUGGAUGAGGAAGAGGCUAGAAGAGAAAUGGCCAGGAUUUUGAAGGAACUGAAACAAAAGCAUCCAGAAAAAGAGAUGGAGCAGCUGAUCGAACUCGCCAACUAUCAAGUCCUCAGCCAGCAACAGAAGAGUCGUGCAUUUUACCGCUGUCAGGCAACUAGGCUUAUGACUGGUGCUGGGAAUAUUCUCAAGAAGCAUGCUGCAGACCAAGCCAGGAAAGCGCUUGGCGUCCACGAACUUCGCUCUGAAGUUUCUGAUAACGAUAUUUUCUCCAGGAUCUUCUUUGACCCUGGCACAUAUCAGUGUCUUGAGAACUGCGGAAGCGUAGCUUUGAAUGUGGUACGACGUGGCGGCGACUUGAUGAGCACUGUGUCGGUGGAGUACCGCACUGAGGAUGGCACCGCCAAUGCAGGCUCUGAUUACCAGUUCACUGAGGGUGUUGUAGUCUUCAAACCAGGCGAGACUGAAAAGGAGAUCCGAGUGGACAUUAUUGACGAUGACAUUUUCGAAGAAGAUGAACACUUCUUGGUCCAUCUCAGCAAUGUCAAGGUCUUAUCUGAAGGAACAGACAAUGGGAACCCAUGCGUCAAUCAUCUGGACAUAUUAGCUGGUCUUGGCCUUCCCUCCACAGCUACUGUGACUAUAUUUGAUGAUGACCAUGCUGGCAUCUUCACAUUUGAGGAAUCAAUGGUUCAUAUCAGUGAAAGCAUUGGUAUGAUGGAGGUGAAGGUGGUGCGCACUUCUGGAGCUCGUGGAGUAGUUGUUGUCCCCUAUAAAACCAUUGAAGGCACAGCAAAAGGUGGAGGAGAGGACUUUGAAGAUACCCAUGGAGUCUUGGAGUUUCAGAAUGAUGAGAUUUCCAAAACUAUUACGAUCAAUAUAAUCGAUGACGAGGAGUAUGAAAAGAAUAAGAACUUCUUCCUGGAGAUUGGAGAGCCACAAUUGGUGGAAAUGAGUGAGAGAAAAGCUAUGUUGCUGCAUGAGUGUGGUGGCUUCGUGAAGACAGACAAGCAGCUUUAUGGCAGGGAUGUGUACCGGAAAGUGCAAGGUAGAGACAAACCAAUCCCCUCCACCAUUAUCAGCAUCACAGAGGACGGGGAAGAGGAGACCUUGACCAAAAAAGAGCAGAAUGAGAGGCGCAUUGCUGAGAUGGGUCGCCCCACGCUGGGUGAAAAUGUCAAACUUGAAGUUAUCAUUGAAGAGUCCUAUGAGUUUAAGAGCACAGUUGACAAACUCAUUAAGAAGACCAACUUGGCCCUUUUGGUCGGAACCAACAGUUGGAGAGACCAGUUUGUAGAAGCCAUCACUGUCAGCUCAGGUGAAGACGAUGAUGAGGAGUGUGGUGAAGAAAAGAUGCCAUCUUGCUUUGAUUACGUCAUGCACUUCCUCACUGUGUUCUGGAAGGUUCUGUUUGCUUUCGUGCCUCCCACCGAUUACUGGAACGGUUGGGCGUGUUUCAUCGUGUCGAUCAUCAUGAUCGGCGUUCUCACUGCCUUUAUUGGAGACCUGGCAUCCCACUUUGGCUGUACUAUCGGUCUGAAAGACUCUGUGACUGCAGUCGUAUUUGUGGCUCUGGGAACCUCGGUACCAGACACAUUUGCUAGUAAGGUGGCAGCCAUCCAGGACCAGUACGCUGACGCCUCCAUCGGCAAUGUGACGGGCAGCAACGCUGUGAAUGUCUUCUUGGGCAUCGGGGUGGCGUGGUCCAUCGCUGCCAUUUUUCACCAGGCGAAGGGCCAGUACUUUCGUGUAGAUCCCGGCACGCUCGCUUUCUCCGUUACCCUUUUCACCAUAUUUGCCUUCAUCUGCAUCGCCGUCCUCAUGUACCGCCGCAGACCAGAGAUUGGGGGGGAACUGGGUGGACCGCGGAUUCCCAAAAUCCUCACCACCACUUUGUUUUUUAGCCUCUGGCUGAUGUACAUUGUUUUCUCCUCCAUGGAGGCCUAUUGCAUCAUCAAGGGUUUCUAAAUCAACCAAAUCAGGAUGAUGCCACAGACAGGAUGCUGUUAAAAUCAUUUCAAAAAGGCAAAGACUGACAAGGGAAAAGAGUUUAAAAGAGAAGUUCAAAGCAGCCGGAUGUUUUAUUGUGCUUUGUUGUGUUGUCCACUGUAUGUUUUAUCUGUGUGAAUACACGCGUGUUUCUGUUUUUGGGAAGGUUGGAACUUGUCUCCAAAGAAGAAAGGAAGACGAUUUGCUGGAGCUGUCUAAAACCUUUCCCAUUUUUGUAAACUUUGCUUUGGUUUGGUUGACUGAUAGUUACUGAGCUUUAGAUUGAAGUGUGGUCAAGACACAUUUAAACGUCUAAAACUUUUUAAAUGUAAGUUACAUUAAAGGGAUAGUUCAACCAAAAAUUAAGAUUUGGUCAUCAUUUACUCACCCUCAUCCCAUCCCAGAUGAGUAUGACUUUCAUUCUUCUGCUGAACACAAAUGAAUAUUUUUAGAAGAAUAAUCAGUUGGUCCUCACAUUGGUUUAAGUAUAAAUUAAGUAUAAACUAUAAGUGUUACUAAUGCACCCCUGUUAUAAUUCCGGCAUAAGGAUAUCCUUGCAUUAUUUUCAUAGAUAACAGAUAGAUAGAUAGACAGACAGACGGACGGACGGACGGACGGACGGACAGACAGAUAUUGAUAGAUAGAUAGAUAGAUAGAUAGAUAGAUAGAUAGAUAGAUAGAUAGAUAGAUAGAUAGAAAAAGAGAUAGAUACACAGACAGACAGACAGACAGACAGAUGAUAGAUAGAUAGAAAAAGAGAUAGAUACACAGACAGACAGACAGACAGAUGAUAGAUAGACAGACAGACAAACAGACAGACAGAUAGAUAGACAGACAGACAGAUAGAUAGAUGGACAGAUAGACAGACACAGACAGACGGACGGACGGACGGACGGACGGACGGACGGACAGACAGACAGAUAUUGAUAGAUAGAUAGAUAGAUAGAUAGGUGACAGACAGACAGACAGAUAGAUAGAUAGAUAGAUAGAUAGACAGACAGACAAACAGACAGACAGAUAGAUAGACAGACAGACAGAUAGAUAGAUGGACAGAUAGACAGACACAGACGGACGGACGGAUGGACUGACGGACGGACAGACAGACAGAUAUUGAUAGAUAGAUAGAUAGAUAGAUAGAUAGAUAGA